AUGAGCAACGCGGUCUGGGCCGCAUGGCGGACUCCAUGUCCAGGGCUCCGUGCCUCCAUACUAACCCCGGUAUCAUUCCGCCCUACUCGUCGUGACCUCCGCAUUACCCCAUGGCGCAUGUACAGCACCUCACAGCGCCCAUUCGGGUUGCCAGCUCCGAGUAUUCUCUCACAAUUAUUCUCUCGCCCGUCUCGGCCAACGUCAAUUUCCCUGCAACAAUACAAACCGGUCUCUGUUAGCGCCCGCCGCUUCAAACGUACAUCCGCCGCUUCUCCAAAGCCUAAGCCCAAGCCCAAAUCAGAUUGCUCGAAAGCCAUCCUUCGUGAAAAGCCUUUCUCCGAGGCCGAGAUCAAAACGAUCUUUGGCCAGCCCAAGUUUAACGCAAAGAUGGGAAACCGUAUCCUAACCGUUCUACACGGCCAUCGUCUGGCCGGCACGCUCGAUGCGGAAUUGCCAAUUGAAAUUGUCCGUGCCGUUACCCAGCAGCAGGUUGAUAUGGCUAUGGAAUGGCUGCGAAACGAGUACCCUGUGGACGAGGACGCUGCCAUUUUCGCCCGCAUCGAGCGUGAGGAUCGCGCCGAGGAAGAGAAGCUUGUGCGCCGGGCCGAGAGGUUGGGCUUGUAUAAACCACAGAGCGGCUCUUAUGAUGCCGAGCUCGGUGAGGAGGGCUCUCCUUAUGGCAAGAGUGUUCUGAAAGAGGCUCGUGAACGGAAUGAAAAGCGCUUGUUGGCUGAACAGGAGCGUAAAAGGCAAGAGUGGCUCGAUGGCGAGAAAGAAGAACAGGAACGAUUGCAACAGCAGUUUGGGAAGGAUACUUCGCUCCAACAAUAUCAAGAGCAAGCGCUUACUGAGGCUCGCCCCCGUGCGGAUCCGAUUGAGAGACCGUACCUCGCUUGGGUCCAGAAACAUCACAUUGCUGGAACCAACGAGAGCCCUGAGUCGAUGAACAUCACCAAUUCUCAACGUCUGCUCGCUCCACUGCUUUUCACUAUCGCGGUCCUUGGGCUUUGCUACACUUUUGCUCAAAAGUAUGAGUUCCCAGCACGGAAGGACCGCCUUAUGCCGGAUGUACCUCCUGCUGUUGCAACUGUCGGUGCCAUUGUGGCAGCUAACCUAACCGUCACUCUUCUAUGGAAAUACGUACCCCCUGCUUGGCGAUUGCUUAAUCGUUACUUUGUAAUUGUUCCCUUUUACCCCAGUGCACUGGGUAUGAUGGGAAGUACAUUCAGUCAUCAAACAUGGAGACAUCUUGGAACGAACAUGAUGGUGCUCGGACUUAUGGGAACCCGAGUUCACGAUGAAAUUGGUCGUGGAAACUUCCUGGCCAUUUACUUCGCCUCCGGCGCGAUGGGGUCUAUUUUCUCAUUGACCCGCAGCGUUAUCCUCGGCCGCCUGGGCAUGACCUCUCUCGGAGCCAGUGCUGCGACCAGCGGUAUCGUCGCCGCAUGGUGCAUGUCUCAUUUCGACGACAAACUCACCCUGUGGAUUCUUCCCCAGGGACUUCAAGAACAAAUUUGGACCUACGGCUGGGUGUUCCUUGGCUGCCUGGUCGGCACUGAGAUCUUCAGCUUGGUGGCUCCCGCUUUCUUAUUCCGCGCUUGGCCCCUCUCUCGGCUGACCAAGAUGGACCACGCUGCCCAUCUAGGUGGGUACGUUACUGGUGCCGGAUGUGGAUAUACCCUCAUGCAGAAAAAGAAGGAGCGUGAGAGAAAGGCGAAACAGUCAAAGUGGAUUUAG